AUGUCCGGCCCAGAAGUGCACCAUCUCUUCCACCACCCCAUCGCCGACCAUUCUUUCUCGGCCGACCGCCAAACUCUCGCCGUUGCACGGGAAAACAAUGUCGAGCUGUACCACCGCUCGGGGCCCAAGUUUGCGUUGAAGGAUGAAUUGAAGGGCCACGAUAAGACCGUGACCGGCGUGGACAUUGCCCCCAAUAGUGGGAUGAUUGUGACUUGUUCUCAAGACCGCAACGCCUACGUCUGGGAACCUGCGCCGUCGGGCGAGUGGAAGCCGACGCUGGUGCUCCUGCGCAUCAACCGCGCCGCGACAUUUGUGCGCUGGUCCCCCUCGGAGAAGAAGUUCGCCGUCGGCUCGGGGGCGCGCGUCAUCGCCGUCUGCUACUUUGAGGAAGAGAAUGACUGGUGGGUGUCGAAGCACCUGAAAAAGCCCAUCCGGAGCACCAUCACCACGGUGGCGUGGCACCCGAACAGCGUGCUGUUGGCGGCCGGCUCCACGGACAGCCACGCCCGCGUCUUUUCCGGCUUCAUCAAGGGCAUCGACGAGCGCCCGGAGCCGAGCGUCUGGGGUGAGAGAUUGCCCUUCAACACUGUGUGCGGGGAGUACCUGAACGACGCGGCGGGCUGGGUCCACGCCGUGUCCUUUUCGCCGAGCGGUGACGCCCUGGCCUUUGCCGCCCACGACAGCAGCAUCACCGUCGUGUACCCCAGCGGACCGGACCAGCCGCCGAGGGCGAUGCUGAACAUCUCGACGCAGAAUCUCCCCUUCACCUCGCUGAUCUGGAACGGCGAAGCCGAGAUCCUCGCCGCCGGCUACGACUGCGAGUGCUUCCGCUUCCGCGGCGGCGAGCAAGGCUGGGAAUUCGCCGGCAGCGUCGAGAUGCACAAGCGUCCCGGCGCGGGCGGCGCCGCGAGGGAGGAAUCCGCCCUGAACAUGUUUCGCCAGAUGGACCUCAAGGGCAAAGUCAAGGACGACACGCAGUUGACCACCACGCACCAGAACACCAUCAACACUAUCAGGGCCUUCGAGGGCGGUUCCAGGGGCGUGACAAAGUUUAGCACCAGCGGUGUCGAUGGGCGGGUUGUCAUCUGGACUCUUUAG